GCCGUAGAACCGCGUAUCGCUGGCCGCCGACGGAGCUCUCUCAGUAGCACGUUAACCGUCGCCGUCGCUGCCGCCGUCGCAGCAGCAGCAGCGCGCCGUGUCAUCACGUUAUUACGCCUCCGCCGCAGUCGCUCCGCCUGCACACGGUACGUUAUAUUGUCUCCGCAUCGUUGUGCAUUGCCGUGCAAACGGAGCCGAGUAGAUGACCAUAUCUACCACUUAUAUUAUACUUCUAUAAUACUCCCAGGAAAAUGGACCUGACCGAACGAUUAAACGUCACAAUCGCUUCUCCACGCUCCUCGGCAAUUGACAGAAGACGACGACGACGAACUACUUAAGCGGCCUGAAUACUACUCUGGAAACGACGAAAAAAUAUAGUUCAAUGAGGUGUUAUUUGAUUUUUAAGAAAUUUUUUUUUUUGUGAAACGUGUGCUCAAUUUGUUUUAAUUCGGAAUACGCCGGCCGUAUAAUAUAGUAAUAAUAAUAAAUAAGCAAACUAAACUAAAUUGAAACAACCGCGUAGAGAAUGGGAAUAUCACGCAGCCGGCCGGUAAGGCGAGAGCGCGGCUACGGCCACGUGCCAUGAUGAGCUGAUGGAUGACGACGGGCCGGCAGCGGCGAACGACGCGGCAGCGGCGAUCGAGCAGCAGUUGGAGAAACAGCAGCGUGAAGAGGCAGAGAAGAAGCGACUGGAGGAGCUCCGGGAACGGGUGCUGUUCUACUUGACUACUUUCUUCAUACUGCUAGGCAUCGUCAGUCUGUUUGUGUUUCUGUUUUUGGUACCGUUCCUCAUCGAACCGGCCAUCACGACCAUACUGAUGGAGUUCGACGAAACGCCCACAACGUGCGUGACCGCGCAUUCAGAGAUCCGCGAGGGUGCGUCCAACUGUUCGCUCCCGGGUGGCUGGGCGUCGUGCCGGGAGGGCUGCACUCGAGAGAUAUAUGAGUGCGCACAGAUAUUCGUCAACUACACCGUACCCGGGGACCGGGCGAGAGACUUGAAUGCCCGACAUCAGCGGUCGUUACUCGUACGUGGCUACCGGCCCAUCGAGCCCGAGCCGGCGUCCGGGUGGACGUAUUCCCUAGCCCGCAUAUACCCCAAUGUCAAGGGGUGUGGUUAUCCACCUCACCUCAACUGCACCGAGUUCCGGGUCAAGUACUUUGAGGUGGGCGCCAGCUACCCGUGUUACUACAGCCGUGUCGAACCGUGGGUGGUUAUCACCGAAUUGGACCUGGCCAAGAGCACCAGACAGCUGGUGUACUCUAUGGUGUUUCCCAUACCGUGUUUCGUAGUGUCCGUCGUGUACGUAGCGCUCGCGUAUUUCUGUGUGUACGCCGGCCGGCACCGCAAGCCCAAAGUUAAGCGUCGCGUGGUCCGACGAAUGGUUGGCGGUGGUGGCGUUACCGGAAGCGGUGUCGGUACUGGAAGUGCGGCGGGCUACGGUUGUAGUGGCGGUGGUGGUUCCGCUUCUCGGGCUAAAUCUGGUUCGGAGGCUACGCCGCUUACCAACAACAGCAGUGCUGCCGCCGCGCCGACUUCACCCAUCGGCACCGGAACGCCCGGCAGCGAACAGUUGUACCGUCGACGAGGCGACCGCAUUGAUAUCAAUGACUACGACGACGACGAUGCGUCCGAAACGUAUUACGGCGAUCAGCUCAGGUCCACGCUGGGCGUGGACGACUCCAUCGCCGACUAUGUGAACGCGCUCCGCCUUUCCGAACAUACGCUCAGACAAUCAGACUCGAAUGAACCGUCCAGGGGCGAGUGGUCAGACGAAAAUGACGACUGUGAAGCGAGCGUGUGCGAUAGCAGCAUCGAACGGUCGGUAAAAACCGUCGCUACCUCCGCCUCACAGUUUCCAACUAAUUCCACUGGAAACUUGACCAAGACGAUGACGACGUGUAUCUUAACUCCCCCUGGGCCGACGGCAGAAGUCUGAAAAGAAAUCUGCAUCACAUCGAUAACAUUUCCUGGAAGCCUACCAAAUGAUUUAAUAUAAUCGCGACACUAUAUUAUAAUGUCCGAUCCGCAUCACGCGGACAGUUUUCGUUUUUAUUUAAUAAUACCUUUACGCGUUUACAAUAUAAUUGUUAUAAAUAGAUAACAUUUAAUUACAUUUUCAUUCAAAUUAUAAAAUUGUAGUGGUUUUCCGUCGAGAGUUUAAAUUUUCAUUAUACUUACUACAGUAAUUCAUUAAUUCGUUUGCAGUACCAUUAGCAACCAUAGGAUAACAGUAAUCUAGGUCAAUAUAUAUUGUACGUAUACCCGGGAUAUACCCGGCACUACUGACAUCACGAUCGCUAGGCCAGUGUUUCAUAGUCCUCACAAUGUAUCAUCAGUUAUACCUACUAAGUAAUAUAUAACAUGCCGGUAGACGGACAGUGGGAGUAUUAGUGUCCGACUGGUCGUCUUUUAUUAUCCAAUAUGUGACUUGCGCGUGCCACUGCACGUGCGUGUUCAUUAAACUAGAUCAUUCGACGAUCAUCUAUUAUAAUAAAUAUGAUGUUAUUGUACACACGCAAUUCGUUCUUCAGGAAAUCGUGUAAGAUUUCAGAUGUUUACUCUUUCGGUCGUGUCUCGUUGUAUUCGUAUUGACAAUAAGUACGUCGUACCGUAUCGCGAAAACGGAAUUUUUUUCCCGCUCGUUCGUGUUUCAUUUAAGAUUUAUAAUAUCAUAAUUUUAUAAUGUUAUUAUUAUCGAAUUCGGUCAAUCAUCAUAUUAUAUGGACAAAGUACAAACAUCUUAGUGUUGUAAGACGUUUGGACUCAGUAUUUUAAACAUGUUUUCAUUUUAUUAAAAAAAAAAAAAAAAAUUAAAUCGCUUUGUGCGUUUAAUAUUAUUCACAAAACGCUUACAAAGCCACUUUUUUUUGUACAAAAGAAAUAUAUUAACUUUGAUAUUGAGCGAAAAAAACAUUCUAUUUUGAUUUGUAGGAAAACUUUCUGAAAUUCCGUACGGUUUACAAACUUUUUUUUUAUAUGUAUAAUUUCGUCGCGUACUUUGGCGCGCGCGUUUCGCACGAAUGGAGUCGAUAUAUAGGAUAUACAGUGCGAACAGUCGGAUUGUUCAGUUCUUCUGUUUCAACUACGCAUCAUAUCAUAUCACGAUAAGACCGUGCGAAAACAUCGCUCGGUGCUCCGCCCUGUAUAUAUAUAUAUAUACACGUGGCAUAACGGCGUGUUUUAUAUCAUCAUCACACACAUCGCAUUGUCCGUCAAAUUCGGCAUGAUAAUAAUUUGUAAUAACAACAACAUUAUUUGCAUAUAUGCCAACAAUAAUACUAUACACGUUAAGGGUAAAAUUUUAUACAUACCUGGUUGUAUUGAUAACGUUAUUAUUAUACCGUAGAGGCGGCUUUUGUUUCGUCUACCUACAUAUAUUACAUAAACCGGACACGCAAUGAUUGGUACGCAUUAUACAUAAUUGCAGUAAUUACCGCGAGUUGUUGGAAUCUAUGUGCAUUCAUAGUAAAUGGUGAACAUUAAAUUGUAGCCGUGUAAUAUGAUGUCAAUGUAGGGAAGGUGUUCGAGAUGACGUCUUAGUCGAAAUAUCCGCUUUGUUUCCCCCCAAAUCAAAUUAUCAUCGAGUAGCUAUACUGUAUCCUUUAAUUUGUUCUGCAAUUUGGAAAAUGAACCCAAUAGCCUUGUUUUUCUGCUUUAUAUCUUCUACUACACACUAAGAAAUAUAUUCCAGACUCAAACAAUAUUGUGAAUUUAAUUUUUAGAAAAAGGGAUGUAUUUCACUUAAAUUAAAGUAUAUAUUAUACUAGUAUAAUAGUAGUAAAGAUACAAUAUUACAACCAGUUUUGUUUAAUUUUGAUUAAUUUGAUGGCGUGAGGUAUACGACUUUUCAAAUUGUUGUUUUGGCAAUAGUUAUUUUAGAAGAGUGAAAAAAACAGUUGUCGUUUGCUUGGCUCAGAUCCCUGUAGUGAUUUAUCAGAUUUUAUUUACUGUAUAACCUACGCUUGAUGAUUAUCGCUCACCGCGGGUUUUCAUUUUCGACAUUGUAGUCGAACAUCUGACAAACAAAUAUUGUAGGUCACGAAAAUAUCCUAAUAUGAAAUUAAAGUCCGGCCAACCCCACAGGUGCACUAUGUGUGAUGUUGAUUAUAUUGUUAGCGUGUAACGGAUACGAUCUAUUACUUAGCUAUUGAAUAAUAAUAAUUUUAUUAUUACUGUUGUGAUGUAUACAGUUGAGUAAAAAAACGCGAUUUCAACCCUGCGUUUAUCAAUAAAUUACCGGUUAGUAUUCCUAUCACUAUAUAGUACGUGCUUGCGCAAAAGGAGGGGGGUUAUAGCCGUAAAAUGUCAUAUUUUAAAAUAUAUGGGUGCCAUUUUAUAUUUUCUUUUUCAACAGACCUUGUUUUUAAUAGAAAUCAUCAUUAUAAUUUUUGUUGUUACAUACGCAUAAUUUAGCUCAGAUAAGUGGGUACCUUAUAACUUAUGAUGGUUUAUAAUUGGUAUUAUACACCGAUAUAAUGCUAUUUUAAUAACCGUGUUGUAAAGAGCACCGCUUUUGAAAGACGAUGAGAUAUUGGCCACAAUACUAUUAUUAUUAUUUUAUUACUAUGCAUUUUUGAAACUAAAUCUAAUAUAAUAAACUUAAAUAUCAUUUCCAAAAAGACUGAUACGUGCUAUUCGUUGUAGAUAUAAUAAUAUUAUUGUGACGUGUUUAAAUAUUAAAUAAUGGAGUAGUCGUAAGAUC